AUGAACGCCAUCACAGUUAUGUUGGAUGAAGAGUACGAGCCAGUCCCUUUAGCCCUAGGAGAUAAGAAUCAAUACACACUCGGCCGCAUAGGUGGGCAUAAUGUCGCCAUCGUCGGACCGGCUCGAGGUGCCCAGGGAAAAGUCGCUAUCGCAGACGUCGUGGGUAGUAUCCAUUGGUCAUUUAGAAAUAUGUCCAUUGGUUUGCUGGUGGGGAUUGGAGGAGGCGUACCUCACCUUCCGAAGCAAGAUGUGCGAUUGGGAGAUGUCGUCAUUGGGGCCCCGGAGGUAGGCCCUGCAGUGGUCCAGUAUGACUUGGGAAAGGAAACAACCACAGGAUUUGAAGUGACUCGAACACUGAACAAACCACCCACUUUGUUGCUGCAGGUGGUCAAUGCCGUGGAAGACAAAUACCUGAGGCAAAAACCCGGCGACGAAAGCUUUUUCGCUACUCACCUCCGUCGAUUUCACGAGUUUCCACGCUUGCGAGAGCAAUAUAGACGCCCUUUCGUCCCGGACCGUCUAUUUUCGGUGGAAUACCAUCAUGAGGCCGGUUCGGAUUGUAACGAGCACGACAAGAAAUUCGAGGUCGAGCGCGCCGAGCGCGAAUCUCCAGAUGAAAUCCGAAUGCAUUAUAGUACCAUCUUGUCGGGAGAUCGAGUGAUGAAGUCGGAAGUUACUCGAGACAAGAUCAGCGGCCAAUUUCACAAUGCUCUCUGCUUCGAGAUGGAAGCGGCUGGAUUGAUGGAUGUCUUUCCGUGCCUAGUUGUUCGAGGUAUUUGCGACUACUCGGACUCACACAAGAAUAAAGCCUGGCAGGAAUAUGCGGCUGCCACCGCGGCUGCUUACGCGCGGGAACUUCUUCUUACUAUGGCCGAGAGGGUUGUGCCGGGACUAGAGCAUCCUAAGGAUCUCGCUGACGAAGAUAAAUUGUACAGCCCGAUAAGGCAUAUGCCUUUCGAUCCAAUCCCGGGAUUUGUUGGCCGUAAAGAUAAGCUCGAACAUCUUAAGCAGCGGAUCUUCGACUCUAACGGUUGUCGAAUUGUGUCUAUACUCGGUUUAGGAGGCAUCGGUAAAAGUCGGCUGGCACUGGAGCUGGCUUAUCAAAUCACGACGGAGCGUCCGGAAUAUUCAAUCCUUUGGAUUAAUGCCGUGGAGCGGCUGAGCUUUGAAAGGGAUGUGUUUGAGAUCGGAAAGAAGGUUAGAAUUCCGGGGAUUGAAGACGACAAAGCGGAUAUCAAGAAUCUAGUUAAGCAGAGGUUGAGAAAUCUUUCUACUGGAAAAUGGCUCUUGAUACUCGACAAUGCCGACGACGAAGAACUAUGGGGGAAGAAAUCAAGAGCUACUGAUCAGCAGUCGACACCUGUGGACUGGUUACCGAGCACAACCCAUAGCACUAUUCUCAUCACCGCUCGAUCACGACGUGUGGCAAGUUAUCUCGCUGGAAAAGAGGUGACCGAAUUGCAGGCGAUGUCGGUGAAUGAAGCGAGUACAGUGUCCACCAAUGCGUUAAAGAAACCAGACAUGGCUGCGGGCGAGGAUGCAAUAUCGGCCUUGCUAGAUAAGCUGAUAUAUCUCCCUCUCGCUAUCGUCCAGGCUGCCUCAUAUAUAAAUAUGACCUAA